AUGGCUGUGGGGCCUGCCCUGUGGCUGGGCCCUCUGCUCCUCUUUUCCCUCUGGGAGGGCUCAGCUACAGUUUCCCUUCUUAGGCGCCUAGGAGAGCACAUUCGGCAGCUUCAGGAAAGCUCUGUCCUGGGCCUGAGUCUGGGCCAAGAGGCUACAGCCCUCCCAAAAGAGGGGUGGCUGGAGCAGCCACUGGAUCCCUUCAACACAUCUGACAGACGGUCCUUCCUACAGCGGUAUUGGGUAAAUGACCAGCAUUGGGCCAGCCGGGAUGGACCCGUGUUCCUACAUCUGGGGGGCGAGGGCAGCCUCGGGCCUGGCUCAGUGAUGAGAGGGCACCCUGCAGCCCUGGCCCCAGCCUGGGGGGCCCUGGUGAUAGGCCUGGAACAUAGGUUUUAUGGCCUGAGUGUACCUGCUGGGGGCCUGGACAGGGCCCAGCUCCGCUUCUUGUCCAGCCGCCAUGCGCUGGCCGAUGUGGUCUCCGCCCGCCUCACGCUCUCCCGCCUCCUCAACGUCUCCUCCUCCAGCCCUUGGGUCUGCUUCGGAGGCUCUUAUGCCGGAUCCCUGGCCGCCUGGGCCCGACUGAAGUUCCCGCAUCUCAUCUUCGCGGCGGUAGCCUCCUCCGCCCCGGUGCGAGCGGUGCUGGAUUUCUCCGUGUACAACGAGGUGGUGUCCAGGAGCCUGACGAGCGCGGCGAUCGGCGGGUCCUGGGAGUGCCGGGCGGCGGCGUCCACAGCCUUCGCGGAGGUGGAGAGGCGGCUGCGCGCCGGCGGAGCGGCCCGAGCGGCGCUGAGAGCGGAGCUGGGCGCAUGCGCGUCCUUGGUCCGCGCGGAGGACCAGGCGGAGCUGCUGGGGGCGCUGCAGGCUGUAGUGGGAGGUGCAGUGCAGUAUGACGGUCAGGCGGGGACGCCGCUGAACGUGCGACAGCUCUGUGGACUCCUCCAGGGCGGGGGCAAUGGCAGCCGCCCCAGGCCCUACGGCGGGCUGCGUCAGGCAGUGCAGGUUGUCUUACACAGACUGGGCCAGAGGUGUUUAAGCUUCUCCCGAGCAGAGACAGUGGCACAGCUGAGGGUCACAGAACCCCAAAUGUCCGGCGUGGGUGACCGGCAGUGGUUAUACCAGACAUGUACUGAGUUCGGCUUCUAUGUCACCUGUGAGGACCCUAAAUGCCCUUUCUCUCAGCUCCCAGCGCUGCCCUCCCAGCUAGAGCUGUGUGAGCAGGUGUUUGGGCUCUCAACUUCAUCCAUAGCCCAGGCUGUGGCCCAGACGAACUCCUACUAUGGUGGCCAGAGCCCAGGGGCCACCCACGUGCUGUUCGUUAAUGGGGACGCAGACCCCUGGCACGUGCUAAGUGUAACCCAGACCUUGGGACCCUCGGUGUCAGCCCUUCUCAUCCCUGGUGCCUCCCACUGCAUGGAUAUGGCACCUGAGAGGCCCUCAGACUCCCCCAGCCUCCGCCUAGGGCGCCAGAGCAUCUUCCAGCAGCUGCACACCUGGCUCAGGCUGGCAAAGGAGAGCCCGGGCAGGGGUGGGGUCUGAGCCCCACAUCCUGGCCACUGCCUGCAAAGCCACCUCAGUCUUGGACGCAUUCACUCACUGCACAGGAGAAAGCAGCUGGUGUUCACAGAGGAAAUUCCCAGGAAUUGGGAUUCAGCACCUACCUGUCCUACAUGUCAGACUUGUGACUGCAAACAUCCUCACUCACAAUGAAAAGUGCUCUGUUAGAGACAAAGGGGUCUGCCAAUAAAAGUAGAUGAUUAUUUUCUCUGUGAAUGCUGGUAUUUUAAUAUUAAAGAAAGGUCACUCUUCAUGCUGGUGCCCUCCCUGUCAUCAGGUCCCUGCUCAUGCUCUGCUCCACUCUGCUCUGCUCUGCUCUGCUCAGCUCUGCUCAGCUCUGCUCAGCUCUGGGGCUGGGCUCCUUCCAGUGUCUCUGUCUGGAUCUCAGACCCUGACCCGUCUGCUUCUCACCCUUUCUCUCACUGUGCCCCCUCCCCUGGUCUCUUACUCUCUGUCCCAUCCCUGUCUCUAUUUGUCCCUCAGUCUCCUGUUUCUCCAAAUACCUGUCUUCCUGUCCCUCUGUGUUUCCGUCUGCUUCUCUGUUUAUUUCUCUGCCCCAUCUCUCUCUCAAUGUCUCUCUCUACGCUGCUCCUCUCUCGCUUGAUCUUCCCUUGAUUGUCUGCAGUGCUCUGAUUCUGUCUCUCAUUUCUGGUCUCUGUGUCACCUUAGGCACUUUCUCUGUCACUCUCUAACUCUGCCUCUACUUCCUUCUCUCUCAGACUUCCUUUGUCCUUCUUAAUCCCUCUGUCUCCCCCAGGCUCUCUCUGUUCUUGUCUCCUGCUCUUCCUCACUGCCUCUGUUUAUCUUCCUGUCACUUACUCUUUUUCCUUCUUUCUCUGUCUCUCUUUUAGUCUUUUGUACAAACCUGUCACACACCAUCUUUUCCUACAAUUAACUUGAUCUAAAUUUGAUAAAUCAUGCAUAGGAGCACAUAGAGAAGUGACAAUGAGCAGGAAAUUCAUGCCCAAGUUGAAAUACAAUAUAGUCAUCAGGCAGAAAUCAAGAAAAGUGUCUUUCCUUCCACUGUAAAGAAAAUACAAAACCAUAACCAGAGACAAGUGUACAUUCUAUUCAUUGGAAGAUAUAAUGCUGGUCCAUUGGAAAGUAACAGUAAAUUUGUCACCUCUUCUCUCUCAAGAAGGGAGGGAAAUUUGCCUCUCUUUUAAAAUGAGUGAGCGGUAUAGGUUUUCAAAAAAAAGAAAAAGAAAAAAAAAGAUAGGAAGAUAAAAUGCUGAGCAAUUCAUAAAAACUAGAAGAAGGGUCUUAGUGCAUUUUAGGAGUGGACAAAGUGGGAGGGGCAUCUGUAAAUUGACUUUCUCCACCAUGUCUUCUACCUGAGAUCUAGGAAAAAAGAACUGAGUGUCACAGAAACAGCCAUGGCUCAGGACAGCCUCAAUCCACCGAGCUCUGGGACACGGGCCAGCACGCACCCGUGGUGCCACCCCACUAGUCGAUUUGUGCCACGAGCCAAUGUAUGUGGCAUCAGCUGCCUCACAUUUCCUUGCAUAGAGAAAUUGUGGUCUGUUUAGGAAAUAGAAUCCUACUUAGCAAUAAGAAGAAUAAACUAUGAAUCAUUGUACAUGUAAUGACCCAAGUUUCUAAGGGGGAGAAGUUAUUGCAAUACAAAGGAUUCAUAGUGAGGGGAAUCCUUCUGUUACUCAAUAAGAGAAAGACAGACACGCUGAAAGAAAAUGUGGAAAAGAAGAUGAGUUUCUAAGACAGAGAAAGAUCUUUCAUUGGUCAAGGACAUUUCAUUUGACACUUAUAACAACCCUGGGAAGGGACACAAGGACCAACAAUUCUGAAAGAAACAUAUUAACAAGAGUCUGAAGGUGUUUCUCCAUAUUUACCCAGUGAUUCCACUUCUAAGCUUCAACCCUUUGAAAAUACAGAUGUAGAUACAGAUUUUUCACACAGAGAUAUUCGUCUCAGCAUUAUUAAAAAAAUAAUUAGGAUGUCUCAACUAUAAUCUUCCGUUCAUUUGUGAGCUAAUGCGUUUGCUGCGGUGAACACAGGACAGACAUGCAGCGUAUGGUCCCUAAGUGUCCUCCCUUUGGUGAAAUAUAUGCAACUUUCAGAAUUAUAUUUUCAAAGAGUAUUUGUUGUA